AUGCCAGCUCUUGGAGAAGUACUCAAAAAGUUCAACCCCUGGCACAAGGAGGAAGAGCCCCUACCACCACCCUUCACAGCUUCGACAGCCUACCUGCUGUUGGCCCUCUACGCCCUCAUCUACUUCAUCCCCUUUUACCUCUCCCCCACCACCCGGCCAUCGCCCACCCUCUCCCGCGAUGCCCCCUCGGUGAUCCGAGCCCGGAUCCGUUCCGUCUCACUGUCCUGUACCAUCUGCACACUCACCACCUCCCUAAUCCUCUCCCGCUAUGCCUCCCUCUCACCAUCAGCAAUCUUCCAUCUCCUAGGAGUCUACCCACUAGCCCUGAUCCCAGCAGUCAAAAUCCUCUUUUUGACCGCCCUCCUCUUCCUGGGCCCCUUGUACAGCUACUUCAUAGUCGAAAAAGGCUACAAACAAUGGUUUACCCUUCUCCCACUGCGAGAAACCCUAACAGAAUGGACCGACUACCGUAAUUACAUCGCUGGCCCAAUAACAGAAGAAAUCCUCUUCCGCUCCUCCUCCCUCCCCCUCCUCCUCCUCUCCCAGGCCCCCCUAUCCAGCACCCUCUUCCUCUCCCCCCUCAUCUUCGGCCUCUCCCACAUCCACCACUUUUACGAAUUCCGCCUCACCCACCCCGCCGUCCCCGUCUCUGCUUCCCUUUUGCGGUCCGUAUUCCAAUUAGGGUACACCACCCUCUUCGGCUCCUACGCCAACUUCCUCUACCUCCGCACCGGCAGCCUCCUCGGCGUCUGCGCCGUCCACGCCCUCUGCAACUGCAUGGGCCUCCCCCAGGUCUGGGGACGGGUCACAGACGAGAACGGGGACAAGAAGAUCAACCGGCUCUGGACGGUGGGGUACUAUGUCUUGCUGGUGGCGGGGGCGUGGUCGUGGUACAGGAAUCUGUGGGGGUUGAGCGAGAGUGUUGAGACGGGGUUGGUUGGGGUUGAUCAGUGGUGA